UGCUUGGUCACAAGCAUUCUUCAAAAUACCUUUUUUUUUGUUCAGCAGAACAAAGAAAUGUAUACAGGUUUGGAACAACUCAGGGGUGAGUAAAUGACAGAAAUUUCAUUUUUGGAUGAACUAAGUUUUAAAUACUAAAAAUUUGAAUACUUUUAAAAUCUCCACAUAAUCAGAAGCAUCAAUUUGGGCAUUCGUUAACCCUUUUGGAAACCCAGAAGGCUUGUUCUGAUAUGUUUAAACAUAGCUGCAAUAAUAAAAUAGACAUUACUCAUUUACACCCUUUAUUAAUCACUGAAACCUGAUUCAAAGAAAGUAUAUGGUGACAAUUCUAACACUCUAAUUACUCUAAUUGUAUAAUAUUUCAUAUUUUUUAUUUUAUUAUUCUAUUUGUGAUAUUGUCUUAUUCAUGCUUGUACAGCACUUUGGCGAACACUUGUUUCUAAAAAAAACAAACAAAAAAAAGCUUUAUAAACUUUGACUUGUGUUCAACAAUACUGUAUGUCCACCCACGCACCAUUGUUUUUUUUGCAGCCCCAUCACAGCCUCUGCAGUCUGAUCUUUUCAUAGACUUUAUCAAACUGCCUGACUGAGACAUUACACAAUGAGUGAGGAAAAGAGAGAGAAAGAAAGGCAAUAUCUGAGAUCUUGGAGAGCUGCCAAACGUGUUUUUAAAAAAAUAGAAAAAAAAAAACACAGAAGUAAAUCAUCCAGAACAAGUCCAAGUGUGUCAGACUGACUCUGAUGAUGGAAGACCACCUGUCCACUGGGACAUCAUAUGCAUGGGAAGAAAGUGACUGGGAUGAUAACUUCGUGGAAGACAUGGACCUUGAUGAAAAUGACACGACUGACCAGGAAGACCUGACUGACAUGGAAGAAGACAAAUCAUCACUGGCAACAGAUCUGGCAACCUGGGCAUCCAAAUUCCACGUCAAAAAUAAUGCCGUUGACCAUCUGUUAAAGGUCCUUCAGCAACACGGCCACACAGACCUUCCAUCCACUGCACGUACUUUGCUGAAAACACCAAGACAUGUAGCAACCAUACAGAAAUCUGGAAUGGAAUAUUUCCACUACCCCCUCCACCAAAAGCUACUGGAACACCUGGAGAAGUACCCUGUUGAAGAGCUGCAAGACCAUGACACCAUCGAUUUGUCUUUUAAUGUUGACGGCCUACCACUGUUCAAGAGCUCAGGGAAAGUUAUGUGGCCUGUCCUCUGUGCCAUCCACCUCAAUCCCAUUGUUGAUUUCCCUACCACAUUAACUUGUGGAAACAACCGGCCAAAUGAUCUGCAUUUUUUAGAGGAUUUUGUAGCAGACCUUGAAGUCCUUCUGUCAAACGGCAUUCAAUGCAAAGGUAAAAAACAUAGCAUAAAUGUUCUCUGCAUAGCCUGCGAUGCUUCAGCGAAGGCUUUUGUCCGGGGCACAAAGCUAUACUCUGGCUAUUAUGGCUGCGAUAAGUGUGACCAAAAGGGUGAAUGGUUCAACAGAGUGACCUUUCAGGACACUGGAAACAUUAUGGGGCUCUAGGUUGUUGCAGCUUAAACAAAAAAAACACCAAAAAACAUGUACCUGAUAGUGGAGUUGGAUAAAAGAUAAAAAAUGUUAGAUAAAAAAGUUUGUUGAGACAAAACUUUAAGUUGGCUUGAAAAAGCCAGUCCA